CUCACCUUCCAGCUUGUCUAUCAACACUCCUGCUGCGAUGUCAAGCAACGGCGACACGCACACCGCGACGGCUCAUCUCGAGGCGUACGCGCAGCGCCAGCGCCACCUCGCUGACCAGCUGCGGGCGCAUGGGCUGGACCGCGAGCUAGACGUGCCAAAGAUCGUCAUCAUCGGCAGCCAGUCUGCCGGCAAGAGCAGCGUCCUAGAGGCACUCAGCCAGAUCGCCUUUCCGCGAGCUGCUGGAACCUGCACGCGCUGUCCAGCGGACGUCAGGCUGUCUUAUCACGAGGGCCCGUGGCAGUGCGAAGUGUACACGCGCCUCCUGAAGGACGCUGAAGGGAACGAGGAGAUCAGGGAGGAGCCGUUCGGUGAGACCAUCUGCGACCCUGCUCUGGUUAGCGGCCGCAUCAGACGAGCCCAACGCUAUGUGCUCAACCCGGAGCUCGGUCUGGAGACCUGCCUUACGGCGAACAAGCUACCAGCGCUGUCGGCCACAAAGUUCACCGAGAACCCCGUCGUGCUUCACGUCCGCGGGCCCACCUGCCCCAAUCUGACGCUCGUUGAUCUGCCCGGCAUUAUCGCCAACGUGGCCGACGGCGAGGCCCCCGAGAACAUCGAGCUGAUCAAGCAGCUCGCUCGAGCGCACAUCCAGUCCGAGAACACCAUCAUUCUGCUCGCCGUCACGAUGGCGGACGACUUUCAGAAUCAAGCUGGUGUAGCGUUAGCGAAGGAGGCUGACCCCGACCGCCGCCGCACGCUCGGCGUGCUCACCAAGCCUGAUCGCAUUCAGCAAGGCGAGUUUGAGAACUGGCUCCCUGUGAUCAACGGCAAAGCCAACCCGCUGCGCCUCGGUUACCACGUUGUCAAGAACCCGACGACAAUGGAGCUCAACGAGCGCAUCACCUUCGAAGCGGCUCGAGAGAGCGAAGAGGCUUUCCUGCAAACAGGCACGUGGCAGAGCUUGUCUUUCGAGGUCAAGCAGCGCUUGGGUACGCGUAAGCUGUCCGCGAGGCUUUCUGUGCUACUAGGCGACCUAAUCAAGCAGAAGCUGCCUGGCAUUCUGCAACAGCUGCGCGAGCAGCAGCGUUCUGUGGCCGCUGAGAUCAAGAACCUCCCGAUGGAGAUAAAGGCUUCCAAGAGCGUGAGCUACACGAUGGGCCUCGUGCAAAAGUUUGCGAACGAGCUGUGCGCGCAUAUCAAUCCGAACAGUGCCCAUCCGGCCUUCCGCAAGGAGCUUCGCGAGAUCGUUAUACAGCUAGAACGCCAGCUCUUCUACAUGCGGCCGCUGGUCACGCCUUUCGUCGACGAGGAAGUGUAUGCCAUCACCUUGGAGCCCUUCAAGUCGAAAUCUAACGCCGUCAAAGCUGCCGACAAGCCUGCAGCUGAAUCUUUCACGUUCAAGCCCAGAGCUGCAUCGCCCGAAGCGAAAAUUCUCGGCAAGCUUGCAGAUACAACCUCGAGUGUCAGAACUCGACCGGUGCUUGUCGACUUGACGGUCACCCUGAAGGAUGACAACUUCGCUGAGCUUGAAACCCCGCCGGGCUUUGAUCCCAUGCGGUUGACGCUGACGGAUAUACUGGAGCGCUGCGAUGGCGCAACGGUGGACAUGCUGCCUUUCAAUUGCCCGUGGUCCAUCAAAGAAACGCUCAUCACGGAGAGCGUCAAGCACUGGAACGAACUUGCCAAGGCCGCCUUCGACCGAGCUCAAGAGCUGCUCCACAACAAGUACACUAGCCUCGCGACUUCUCAUUUCGCGCAGUACUCUUUCGGAGGUCUGGAAGACGCUGCAGCCUCGAGCAUGGCCGAGCUCGUCCAGGAGACCGUGAAUGAUGCCUGGCCCUUCAUUGAGAAGGUGUGCGACCUCGAGCUGUGGCCCCACACCAUGAACAAGGAUGAGUUUGAGCGCCAGCGCUCUGAGUUCUUCGAGGCCUUCUACGAGAUGCGGCAAGAAAACAUGCCUCGUCCUGAUGCGCAGACCCCUGGAGACCCGACCGACGCGCAGUCCUGCCACGAGAAGUGGGCAAGCGAACUCAGCAUCGCCGCGGAGCUAUGCAGUUCCUGGAAAAUUGCCUUCCGGCGCUUCAUCGAUGCCUUCCAGGGCGCCCUCACGGUGCACUUCAUCCGCCCCGUCUCCACCGCCGCCUUCGAGCGAGUCAUGGAGGACCUCGGCCUCACGGGCGAGCACAACGAGCCGCGGGCACGCGAGUAUCUUCGCGAGGCUCAUGACGUCGCUGCGAAACGCGAGGAGCUGGACAACAAGAAGAAGCGCCUCGAUCGCGGCCUGAAGGCCGUUGCCGAGUUCCAGCGAGGCGGAAGCAUGUAGCUUCUCUCUUUCCUUGGCUCUGUGAAGCGCAGAGAGCGGCUACGAAGCCCACAGUGAGGUCCU